CGUCGCCUGCCCUCGGACCUCUCCGCCUCGUCCCGGAGGCUGCAUCGCCAUUCGAUCCGCCUCACGCCGCUGGCUUGCAGUUCCAGCCUCAGAUCUUGCCACUCCGUGCUUCACAUAUGUUUGAAGUUCCUUUGCCAUCAACUAAAAGUCCUCAUCUUCGUCGAGCUGGUAGCAGACCUAUUUUCACUGAUCAGGAGGUAAAUGAGAUGAAGAGUCCAAGCAUGGCAGCAUCUGGUGUUGCAAUGAUGCCAUCACCAGUUUUCUUGUGGAGAUUUAAGGUUGUAUUGUUUCUCUUGUGGGGCAUCAGUUGUUGUAAGAUAGGCUGGGACUCUGUAAUGCGAAUGAAUGCAGAUAAACGAGAUUUGUUUCUUUACGAGGCCUUUUUGUAUUUUAAUCCACUUCUUCUUGUGACGUUGAUGGUUUGGCUUUGGGGAGUGAAUCUAUGGAUUUUUUCUCAUUCAUCUGUUAACUAUGCAAAAGUAUUUGAUCUUGACCACACUCAUCUCACACAUCGGGAGAUAUGGAAGUGUGCAACCUGGAUGACCAUCAUUGUUCCUACGAGUAUGGCAGCUUAUCUUUAUUUGUAUUCACAUGGCGAAGUAUCACUAGCUGCAUCACAACCAGUUAUUCUAUAUGCAGCCAUUCUAAUGGUUCUCAUAUUCCCCUUUGAGAUCUUUUACUUGCCAUCCCGCUACUACUUGUUAAGGACUGUAUGGCGUAUAAUGCUUCCAUUACAGGCAAGUGUUAGUUUUUACUCUGAAGAAACUUUUAUAGAAGAGUUGAGAUAAACAUUGCUAGCUCAAAACUUGGAAGACAAUUAGGCUUCAUCUGCUAUCUAUGAGAUAACUUUUACCAUGAUCAAUGUCUCACUGUUAGGAAGGGAUGAAAGGUAUAAGCACAUUAGUUAACAUAUUUUGUAGCAUGACUUUUGCUGUCUGCUUCCCUUUCCAGUCUCCUUAACUUGUCCCUUUUCCCUUGAUAUAUUGAACUUCAUAAAUAGGACUAAUGUGUUCAAGUUGUCAUUGAACAGUAACUGGAGAUAUUUUACUUUUCAAGAUUAUGGCUGCAU